GUAACCAAUACAUGGUCUUUCAUGAAAUGUCAACUAGAAAAACUGGCAUAAAAAUUAAGUUUAAACAUUUUUAUAAUUGAUAAACUGUACGAUAAAAAUGGCUAACACAUUAGCCAACGUACCUGUUUCACAAAUUAUCCAGAAUACAAGUAAUUUUGAGGAUGAGCCAAGAAAAAAGAGUAGAGAGGACUGGCGAAAGGCAAAAGAAUUAGAAGAGGCAAGGAAAGCUGGUACAGCACCAGCUGCAGUAGAUGAAGAGGGAAAAGAUAUUAAUCCACAUAUUCCACAAUAUAUCAGUGCUACACCAUGGUAUUUUGGAGCACAGGGUCCUACUUUGAAACAUCAAAGACCACAACCUGAGAAACAGAAACAGUUCAGUGGUAUAGAUGAAUGGUAUAAGCGUGGUGUAGAUACAUCUAAAGUAAUAACAAAAUUUCGUAAAGGAGCCUGUGAGAACUGUGGUGCCAUGACCCACAAAAGAAAGGAGUGCAUGGAACGUCCACGUAAAAUAGGAGCACAAUUUACAAAUGCAAACAUUGCGCCAGAUGAAUUCAGUCAGCCUGAAUUAUCCAUGGAUUAUGAUGGUAAAAGAGAUAGGUGGGCUGGUUAUGAUCCUUCAGAACACAGGGCUAUUGUUGAAGAGUACCAAAAGAUCGAGGAAGCCAAAAGGCAAAUGCGUGCGGACAAGUUAAAUGCAGAAGAGAAUGAUGAACAGGAUUCAGAUAAAGAUGAAGACAAAUAUGUAGAUGAAGUUGAUAUGCCAGGCACGAAAGUAGAUUCCAAACAACGUAUUACUGUUAGAAAUUUGAGAAUUAGAGAAGACACAGCAAAAUAUCUGAGAAAUUUGGAUCCAAACUCUGCGUAUUAUGAUCCUAAAACAAGAUCUAUGCGUGACAAUCCUUAUGCAGGCACAGAGAGAGAAGUGGAUUACAAAGGCGAGAACUUCGCACGCUUUUCUGGAGAUACACAAUGUCAUGCAAAUGCUCAAUUGUUUGCGUGGGAGGCCCAUGAAAGAGGUGUUGACGUUCAUUUACUUGCUGAACCUACGAAGUUGGAAUUGCUUAAGCAGGAAUAUGAUAAGAAGCGUGACGAAUUGAAGGACAAAGCUCGUGACAGUAUAAUUAAUACAUAUGGUGGUGAAGAGCACCUUGAUGCUCUGCCAUCUUCUCUGUUAUUAGCACAAACAGAACAGUAUGUAGAAUAUUCUAGAUAUGGAAAGAUCAUCAAAGGACAGGAUAGACAGGUGAUUCGUUCGAAGUAUGAAGAAGAUGUGUUCCCAAAUAAUCAUACAUCCGUUUGGGGAUCUUAUUGGCAUGGUGGUAAAUGGGGAUACAAAUGUUGUUAUUCAUUUAUCAAGAACUCCUACUGUACAGGUGAAGCAGGUAAAAGGAUAUCGGAAGCAACGAUCAUAGAAAGUAAAAAUAUCACGGAAGAAGAAACUUUGGAUAAUGAAAAAGAAGAUUCUCCUGAUGAAAAAUCAUCGAGCAGUGAUAGUUCGUCCGACGAAGAAGAAAGGAAAUCAAAAAUAAUAAAGCAAUCGAAAUCAUCGAAGAGAAAAGAUAAAAAGCGAAAACAGAAGGAAAAGCGCAGAAAUAGAGAGAAAAAGUCUAAGAAAGAUGAGCAAGAUAAGUUGCAACAAGCAUUACAAAAAGAAGAGGAAACUCAGAAAAAAGCAGAAAGACUAUUGGGGAUAGACGAAAGAAAGCGUCCUUAUAAUAGUAUGUAUGAGAUACAGGAACCAACAGCAGAGGAAAUCGAAGCCUUCCAAAUGAAGCGGCAACGCGAAGAUGAUCCUAUGGCGGAGUUUCUCAACAAAUAACUAACUAUAAUGGAAUAAUUUAAAAUAAACGUUCAAUGUAUAUUAAGCAUUAUGAUUGUAUAUACGUUAUCCAAGUAAAACAUAUCAAGUUAUUUAAGUUUAAUUAGCAGUUCAUGGAUAUCUAUGUAUGUACACAAAAUUUACAAAACAAGAACACAC